AAUGUAAUAAAUUUAUACAUAAAUAAAUCAGCUAUAAAAAAAAGAAACCGCUCGUGUGCAUGAGCGAGGUGUUCUGCGCAUGUGCGUUCGCCAUUUCCUCCGCACUGAAGACCCACGUGUGUAUGUGACUGUUGUAAGGGGGAAGCGGAGUUUCCAGUUGAGGACAGCGAGUGUUUAGCGGUGAUGCCGAAGGUGAAGAGGGGUAAAGCGGAUCGGAGCCGGGGCUCGGGUCCGGUUCCUGUUCCUCUGGCGGAUCAGAUCCUGCAGGGAGACACGGCUCUCCGCUCCACACACAGAGACAAGAAGCGCAGAGAGGAAGCUCAGGAGGAAGACGAGUAUGUGGAUGAAAAACUCUCCCGCAAAAUCCUGCAGCAGGCCCGCAUCCAGCAGGAGGAGCUGCAAGGGGAGUACGGCCUGAGCACUGAGGUGGAGAUCCAGAAGAAAAAACAACAGCCUUCUACACUGCUGGGUGCGAGCAGUAAGGACACCGAGUCGGAUGAGGAAUGGCCCGAACUUGGAGCGGAGCAGGAAGAAGGUGGCACAGAGGUGGAGGUUGAUCUGGAGGAUGAAAAAGCCAUCCAGAUGUUCAUGAACAAGAACCCACCUGUGAGGCGUACUUUAGCAGACAUCAUCAUGGAGAAAAUCACAGAGAAGCAAACAGAGGUGGGAACAGUGAUGUCAGAGGUUUCAGGGCGACCCAUGCCUCAACUUGACCCCCGGGUUAUAGAGGUGUACAGAGGAGUCAGUAAGGUUCUGUGUAAGUAUCGCAGUGGGAAACUGCCCAAAGCCUUCAAGAUCAUCCCAGCACUUUCUAACUGGGAGCAGGUCCUCUACCUGACAGAGCCUGAGACAUGGAGCGCAGCGGCGAUGUACCAGGCCACACGGAUUUUUUCUUCAAACCUGAAGGAGAGAAUGGCUCAACGCUUUUAUAACCUGGUGCUGCUGCCGCGGAUCAGAGACGACAUCGCCGAGUACAAGAAACUCAACUUCCACCUGUACAGCGCGCUGAAGAAAGCCCUGUUCAAACCUGGGGCUUGGUUUAAAGGAAUUCUGAUCCCACUGUGUGAGUCAGGAACAUGUACGCUGAGGGAGGCCAUCAUCAUCGGCAGCAUCCUCACCAAGUGCUCCAUUCCUGUACUGCACUCCAGCGCUGCCAUGCUGAAACUGGCUGAAAUGGAGUACAAUGGAGCAAACAGCAUCUUCCUUCGCCUGCUGCUGGAUAAGAAGUAUGCACUGCCCUUCCGCGUGCUGGACGCUUUGGUCGCUCACUUCCUGACGUUCCGGACGGAACAGCGUGUUCUUCCUGUGCUGUGGCAUCAGAGUCUUCUCACGCUGGUGCAGCGCUACAAGGCUGACCUGGCCUCUGAACAGAGGGCGCUGUUGGAGCUGCUGAAGGUCCAAACGCAUGCACAGAUAUCUGCUGAAAUCAGGCGCGAACUUCAAAACGCAGCGGCACGAGACCAGGAGGACGCCACGCCGGCCAUGACGCUGGACUGAAACACACAGGAGGACAUGAAAUAUCAGCUGUACUCACAACCCCCAUGAUGACUUGCUAGCACAUGAGUUUCAGUCUAAUGUUGGUGAAAGUUAAAAUAUUGUGAUGGGAAAUGAGAAGAUGCAUCAUUCAGGAUAGAAACGUCAGGGUGUCUUUUUGUUUUUCUUUCUCAUGCGUAGUGAACAUUGCUCACUGUACCUUUUUAUUCACCAGUUCUUUGGAAUCUAUUUGUCAAUUUAAAAGUAAACGAAACCACUUCCGUUACUAGAAGUGUUUGGUGUGUUAAUGUGUCUGUGCUUUAUUAACCUGCUGAACGUAAACACACCGGGGACGAUACACUCAGGCAUGCCCUGGAACAUCAUGCUGAAACCUGAUCAUACACACGUCAUGGAUCCAUCUGAAAUUUGUAAUAAAUCCAGACUAUAAGA